AUGAUUUCAUCGUCAUCACAUCAUUUACAACAAGCGUAUUUAGCUGCAACAGCUGCCGCAUUAGGUGCACCACAUCUAUUCUAUGCAGCAACUAGUAAUCCAUCAACGAAUGGGUUAUCAAAUGAACAAUUAUCACCAGAAUCAUAUGCAUUACUAAGAAAUUAUAUAUUACGUUCACAAUCACCAUGUGAUAAACGUGAACAACAUCAAAAACCACCCUAUUCAUAUAUUGCUUUAAUUGCAAUGGCUAUUAAAAAUGCACCACAACAUAAGAUUACAUUAAAUGGAAUUUAUCAAUUUAUAAUGGAACGUUUUCCAUACUAUCAUGAAAAUAAACAAGGAUGGCAAAAUUCAAUUCGACAUAAUUUAUCAUUAAAUGAUUGUUUUAUUAAAGUACCGAGAGAAAAAGGUAAACCAGGUAAAGGAAGUUAUUGGACAUUAGAUUCAAAAUGUGAUGAAAUGUUUGAAAAUGGUAAUUAUCGUCGACGUAAACGACGACCAAAACAAAUGAUGUCAAGUAUACAAAAACCUUCAUCUACAUCAUCAUCAAUUCCAUUAGAUGAUUCAUCGUUAUCAUCAUCAGAAUCAAAUCAUAAUUCAUUAUUAAUAUCAUCAAAUAAUGAUGAUGAUGAUGUUAUAAAUCCAACAACAAAUUAUGAUCAAUAUUCUUUUCUUAAAAUUGAUUCAUCAGAUAAUAAUAAUAAAAAACGACGACGUUCACCAACACCGGAUAUAAAUAAUAAAAAAGUCAAAACAGUUUCAGCAUUUUCAUCUAUUGAUACAUUAAUUGCACCAACAAAAGAAACAAAAUCUGUUGAUUUAUCAUUAUCUCCUUGUCGAUAUAAUAAUAAUAAUAAUCAUAAUCAUAAUAAUAAUAAUAAUAAUCCAUAUUUAUCAUCAAUUCCUCAACAAUAUUUAUCGUUAUUAACAAAUAGUUUUGGUCUUAAUCCAGCAUAUAAUCGACAUUUUUCAACAAAAUAG